AUGGAGAGGUUAGAGUUGAAAGAGGUUCAGAAACUCGAAGGUCACACCGAUAGGGUUUGGAGCUUGGAUUGGAAUCCGGCCACUGGUCAUGCCGGUGUUCCGCUCGUUUUCGCUUCUUGCAGCGGCGAUAAAACCGUUCGAAUCUGGGAACAGAACCUCUCCAAUAGCCUCUUCUCAUGCAAGGCGGUUUUGGAAGAAACACAUACUCGAACUGUUCGAUCUUGUGCUUGGUCACCUUCUGGGAAAUUGUUAGCUACUGCAAGUUUUGAUGCCACCACUGCUAUAUGGGAAAAUGUUGGGGGUGAUUUUGAGUGUGUCUCUACUUUGGAGGGACAUGAAAACGAAGUAAAGAGUGUAUCUUGGAAUGCAUCUGGAACUUUGCUUGCAACUUGCAGUAGAGAUAAGUCCGUUUGGAUAUGGGAAGUGCAGCCAGGCAAUGAGUUUGAGUGUGUCUCAGUGCUGCAAGGACAUACUCAGGAUGUGAAAAUGGUGAGGUGGCACCCAACAGAGGAUAUCUUAUUUUCAUGUAGCUAUGAUAAUAAUAUUAAGGUCUGGGCAGAUGAAGGUGAUAGUGACGAUUGGCAGUGUGUUCAAACCCUUGGAGAACCCAACAAGUCAUACUUUAUGCAUUCUUCUUGGUCUACCAAUAUUGAAGGUGAAUGUGGUAUUUACUGCAAUAACUUCAAUAUGCACAAUUGGUUGGGUUGGUGGUUAUGCAGUUCCAAUAUUUGCAAGAAUGGUAAUGCCUGA